AGUUAGGUCAGGAGUCCCUGCCAAUGUCCAGUCAGGCCUCAGUGUCGGCAGCGGGCAUGAUGCCCUACCUGCAGGCGCAGUCACACCUGGGAACAGCCGUGGGAGGGGAACAGAACGGGGCCUGUAUCUACACCACAGCCUCUGACAGGCAACCAGCCCCUCCUGGGACCAUGGCGAAUGCUCAGCCCCAGGGACAGAGCUACUACCUGGGUCCCCCACCACCCAAAGCUCCAGGGGGCCACCAGCCCGGCCGACACAGCUACAGCAGCACUGAGAGUAGCCCAGCUAGUGGAGCUCCCAUCAGUCAGUUCUCUCUCCUUGGUGAACCCCCUAAAGAGAUGAAGCUACCUUCCAAUCCAUACCUGAAUCUAGCUAGUGUGUUACCUGGCAUGGUGCUGCAAGCCCCGACGGCCUGUAAAAUGCAGACAGGGCAGCCUCUAGUUGGGGUGUACAGCAGUGCUAUGCCCCCUGUCUCCCAACCCUCCACUUCCCAAACCCCAGCACCCUACAGCACCGAUACCUCUGCAGACUACAGUCACUACAGCCAGGCAUACUCACAGGAGGCUAUGCAGCAGUGGUACCCUUUUCAAGCCCAGAGCUACAGCACCGCCCCACAGGAGAGCCAAGCUAAGGACUAGCAAGGAGCACACACAGGUCAGUGUCCGGCGGUGCCAUCCUAUGGGGAUUACAGCUCCUACAUGCAUGCUGUCAGUCAAUACUAUUGUCAGCCUCCGAUGACCCAGCCACCUCCCCAGGUCUACCAGCACAGAGACCCUACCAAGGAGGCUGAUGUGUGUAAGUCGCUGGGUGUGUCUCUCCAUGCAGUCAGUAACGGCGGUGCCCAGUCGGUGCUGCCCGCCGCGGUCCUGCCAGCCUACAGCACCAUGCCUAUGAUGUCAGGCUUCAUGGCCGCGCCACCUCACGCCACACACCCACCCAGCUCCACCGCACACAUCCAGAGUGCCCACGGCACCAAUGAAUGGAACCAGUACUACUAC